GGGUAUGAGACUUCGACAAAGACGUGAUUUCGUAUUUAUAAAUCAGCUUGAGCUGGCCUCAAGCCAGCUCGAGCCGCUGUUGAUUAUUUUUGGCUCACAGUUGGUUCGUGGGACUCCAAACGGCUAAUGAACCAGACCAAACUAUAUAUAAGUAGCUUGGCUCACUAGGAUAGCCAAAAUACUUGCAAACCGAUGAACGCCAAGCCGGAGCGGGCCGUAGCCGAGCUGCGGUUGUACUAUAUGCGUCUCUUGGACAAAUCAACCUCUGCCAACGCCACGUCCGUCCCUGCUGCAGAAACAUUCAAUCUGCGGUUGCCAUCACAGAUCGGCAGGCUGGCGCCUUGUGACGAACGACUCCAGAGGACAGAAUGGAGAUUGAGAUACGCACAAGGCCAUGAUGCCCUCCGCUCCUUACGCUCCAACCUUCGUGCACAGACUGCCGUACUCAGGUACAAGGACCGCAACCUUCGAGGGCAAGGAGCCAAUACUCGAGCACGUAGCACGCUUAAGACGAUCGACGCGAGAAUCGAUGCUGCCGCCAGCAAAUACGAAGGCGCACACAAGGCCCUGGUGAUCCUGGGCGGACUCCUGAACGAGUCUGGCUGGCAGUCAUCACUGCGUCCUUUAAAUCGUCAGGAUAUUCGUUCUAUGUCUGACCUGCUCUGGGGUGAAUCGGAGGGCAGACGAAAAUUGUCGUGGAUAUGGAAUAUGCGUGGCGCUGCGGGAAGUGAGAAGGACGAUAACGAUAUGAGGAUAGAGUGGUGUAAGGCAAGGGCACGCGCAAUGCGCUGGGGGGAAGAAGUACAACUCCUGCAGGAAGAAAUGCGGCGUAUAUUAGCUUUUCUAAGGUGGGAAGCAGCACGCUGGGAUGGAAGGCAAGACGACGCUACACUAACCAAUGCAGAACACGAGGAUGGCUGUGUGGCGUAUGCGAAACGGCAGGCUGACUUGCGCCGACAUCUAGCGUCAUCGUUUGAGGCACGCUGGGCGGAGACACUGGCCUUGGUAGACGUAGAUUGA